ACAAUUAGAUAUUGUUGGAGAAAUGGACUGCCCUGUCGUUUCAAAGUCUGUAGAAAUAUUUUUUGUUCAAACUCUUUCUUCAGCUUUCAACAAGAGCUUUGAGAAAUACUUCAAGAGCUGUUUUAGGAACAUCGCAGAUUCGAAGCGUAUAAAGGGUUUUGCUUAUCCAAGCCGAGGUAUGUUGGUCAAAAUGUGCAACGUUCAACCAAACGAAGGGAAAAAGGACUUGUCGUCACGAGCUCCCGAUCAAACUAGAAAGUUAGAUUCUUCUCAAAAUGCGAAUUCUGCUUAUGGUUCCUGUGGAGGCAAUAACAAUUUUGGAAGUCGUCACUUUUCACAAGGCUCCGAGGGAGAUCCAAGCAACGAUGUCGAAUUUCCCCUUCCAGUUGCCAAACUCUUCCAGAAAUACAAUCUCACAUCGUCAGCGUUCCCUGAAGAUCUUGUACUAUUGCUAAAGAGCGAUGCAUUAUCCCCAUUGCAGUUGGAAAAGAUUGCUUUGAUAGGAACUAACUCUCUGUAUUGCUUCCUGUGCAAAGUCAUACCUGGGCUGUGGCCUCGACUUAUAGGGAACCCUCGUUUUGAGUUUUCAUUGUUUGCAGAAGUUUUGAUUGGUGUGACGACCAAAACUUUGUCGGAAAUCCGAAAGAGAGGAAAAAGUUUCCAAAAAGAGUUUGACUUUUAUUUGAGCGACAUUUCUUUGGAGAUAAUUGGCGACAUAGCAUUGGUUUGGCUUCUAUCUCCUGUGUUUACAUUUCAAGGCCCUGCUCCACAGAUAAAACAAUUUGCUCUUCCAAAGCAUUUCUUAGAACGCGGCUCAUACAGUUGGUUGCAACGAUUGUUAGCGUUCUCUUCGAAAUCUUUUCAGUUUGCAUUGGUAGGGUUUUGUGCAUCGGUCAUAGGUCAUGGAAUAACUACUGGACUGGUUGAAAUGCGGAGGCGGAAGAAUCCUGCAAGUAUCUCUGAUGUGCAUCUAGCACCAGUCUUAUCCAAUUCUACACAGUGGGGAUUGUUUAUGGGUAUUUCUAGUAACUCGAGGUAUCAGUUAGUAAAUGGAAUUGAAGCACAAGUUAUAGAUCGGCUAUUUGAAAGAACUUCUCUUUUGGCUUCUGUUUGCUGUUUUCUUUUAAGAUGCAUCAAUUCUUAUGUUGGAGGACUCCACUGGAUUCAAUGGGCUAGGCACUCAGGUAUUCAAUAGAGAAACUUGAAAACUUUCGAA